UGCCCAGGCUCCAUCCUCGCACGGCACUCGGGAACCUGCCACGGCAGCCGGACCUUGCCUGCCCCUCGCCAUGAAGGGUCCCCUGCUCGGAGCUAUGUUCUCCCGGCAUGUCAAGCGGCACCCCGGACUCAUUCCCCUCAUUGGCUUCAUCAGCGUUGGCAUGGGCAGCGCUGUCCUCUACUUGCUGAGGCUGGCCCUGUACAGCCCCGAUGUCAGCUGGGACCGAAAAAAUAAUCCUGAGCCCUGGAAUAAGCUGAGCCCCACGGACCAGUACAAAUUUCUGGCAAUUUCCACUGACUACAAGAACCUCAAGAAGGAACGUCCCAGUUUCUGAGCUGACACACCCCCCCCCCCCAUCCUGAGGAUGUGCAGGGGGAAAUGUGGCCCCCCCC